AUGAUCAUUGGUCUCGGGAACCAGGAACCAGGGACCAGGAACACAUCUGCAGAAACGCGUGCCGAGUCAGUGCCAACUCGCAUCAGUAAACAUACCAUCAACUCCACAGCGCAGACGUCGUUGUCGCCAGCAUCCAUGACACUCGUUGACUCAUUCUCCGCCGCAUUGGCGCACCGGGAAGCUAAAUCUGCCCGUCGGAGGCUGACUGUGCUGCCCCGGACAGCCGUGGACUUCUCUUCCAAUGAUUUUCUGUCCCUAUCAACAUCUUCCGCAUACCGUGAACGGUUUCUUGCGCUGUUGAACAACACCCCGCCAUCCUUUCCCUUUGCCAGUGGAGGUUCCCGGUUGCUGGACGGGAAUUCUGCAUACGCGGAGGACCUGGAGAGAUUCGUCGCAGACUUCCACCAGGCCCCGACAGCGCUGUUGUUCAAUUCUGGGUAUGAUGCCAAUGUCGGUGUGCUCUCCAGCAUUCCACAACCCGGCGAUGUAAUUUUGUAUGAUGAACUCAUUCACGCAAGCGCUCACGAAGGUAUGCGGCUCUCGCGGGCGGGACCUCGGAAAAUGUUUGCGCAUAGCUCGGCGGCGGGACUGAGGGAGGUCUUGCUGGCGCAGAUGGCUGAAGAUCCGAAGAUCGCGGCCGGGUCGCGGAAUGUAUUUGUGGUUGUUGAGUCCAUUUAUAGUAUGGAUGGCGACGUGGCUCCCAUAAAGGAAUUCAUUGCGGUCGUCGACGACCUGCUUCCUCGUGGUAACGGGUAUUUCUAUGUGGAUGAAGCACACUCGACGGGCGUCUUUGGACCAAAGGGCGCGGGCGUGAUCCAGGAGCUCGGUGUGCAAGAUCGAAUGUUGAUCCGUGUACACACUUUUGGCAAGGCGCUUGCGAGCCACGGAGCAAUGGUCCUCUGUGGCCCUGAGACGAGAGAAUAUCUCAUCAACUAUGCGCGGAGCUUGAUAUACACGACGGCACUGGGAUUCCCCUUCCUGGCGUCCAUUCGCGCGACGUAUGAGCUCCUGCAGACAGGUGAAACCGAAUCAUUACAACGCCGACUCCAGCAGUUGAUAAGACAUCUUCGACAACAGCUGGCUGCUCUGCACACUGCUGAAUCAGUUAUGUUCGAAGUAGACCACUUCCCCACGUCUCCAAUCAUCUCGCUUCGAACCUCGCAACCACGGCAACUAGCGAGUUUCUGUCAGGCAAAGGGCUUUGUGGUGCGUGCCAUAAUGCCGCCCACUAUCCCCGAAGGCAAGGAACGAGUGCGGGUGUGUUUACAUUCGGGGAAUACGGAGGCCGAAAUUGAUGAAUUGGCCAAGACAAUCCAAUCUUGGCUGGACCAAAGCUCUACAAAAAUAUCGAAGUUAUGA